AUGAUGCCGAAAGUUAUUGAGUUGACGAUUGAAAUAGAUAUUCAAAAGGUUUCUUGUCCAGGAGUAUGGUUGUGUCAAGAUGGCCGUGUUUCUCUUACAGUAUUUGCAUUGGGAACAAGUUAUCAAACUUGUCUUUUACCCCCAAUGUUUCCACUUAUGUUCAGAGAUGUAUUUUACUUUCGCAAAAGAUUUCAAGAGAGUUGUGCUUUAAGUAAUAUUUGCUGUUUACUAAAGGAUGAAACAAUAUAUUGUGAAUUAGUACAGUGGUGUGAAGAUUGCUCAAGUGGCGAGUGUGUAAUCUUGGCCCAGUAUCUCGGCUCCUUAAAUGAUGUUCUAUUCCCACCAAAUGUGUGUUCUACAGAUGGAGUUGACCUGCUCAUGCGCAGAUCUAAGGAUUUUCCUGGUAUUCUUUCACCUAAAAUUGAGAUUGCUACAAAAGUGAGAAUAGAUGAAAUAUGGAGUCAAGGCUGCGGAUUGUACAAUAAAGUGAAGGCUUGUCAUUGUGGUCCUUCGGAUUCAGAAGCAAGGCAGAAACAAGUCUGUCAUUCUGCACAAUAUCAUAGGACCAAAUGCAAUCAGGCUAGACGAAUGCCAUCAAGAUCUAGAUCGAGGUCUCGAACGCGGUCUGAAGGCUCUAGGUCUUGUUGUAGCCUUGUUGUGGAACCGGCUGCGCAUGCGUCGUGUCGGUGCCCCAAUCCCUUGACAAGCAAAUCCCGUAUCUCCGUCUGCCAAAAUAGGCGACCUCGUCGUCAGUACAACGUGUAUAAUGUUGACACGAGCGAUGUGGUAUGGGGCGCCAAUAACUCACGGAAUACUGAUGUCUUACGCACAUCUAUGGAGUCUGACUUGGGAACCAGGGAAGAUCGAAUCCAGAAAUUAUUAUUAGAAAGUCAAUACAUCGACUACGACAAACUGUGCAAUACAGAAAAAAAGAAAUAUAAUUAUAAAAUGUCGCCUUGCCUUUGUGAGAUUUGUAAACGAUAUCAUGAAUUGUUUCACACUGAUAGUUAA